GGGACCCCCGGGGACCCCCCCUUGCCCCCCGCGGUGCCCCCCGCGUCCCCGGGCCCGGCCGAGGCCGCGUUCCGGCGGCUGCGUUGCCAGCGGGUGCUGGCGCGGCGCGACGGCGUCUUCCGGCCGGCCGUGGUGAAGCAGCUGCGGCGCGGCCACGACCUGGGCGUGCAGUUCGCCGGCGACCGCGGCAUCACCUUCCUGGAGGGGGGCCUGACGCGGGGGGACCCCCCCUGGGUGGUGCUGGACGCCACCCCCCCGGCGGGCGCGCUGGGCGUGGGCACGGCCGUGUGCGCCCGCCUGGACCCGCAGGAGACCCUGUACCGCCCGGGCACCGUGGUGGAGGUGAGCGCCAAGCCCCCCUCGUACCGCGUGCGCUUCGCCCCCCCGCCCCCCGCGCCCCCCGUCUGGGUGCCCCGCUCGGGGCUGCGGCUGCUGCGGCCCCCCUGGCCCCCGCAGGGACCCCCCCAGGGCCCCCCAGAGCAGCUUCCCCCCGGGGGUGUCGAGGACGAGGACGAGGAGCUGCUGCUGCCCCGCGGCCCCGAGGACGCCGAGGUGUCCAAGCUCAGCUCGGCCCCGCGGCCCGGCCCCGCCGCUGCAGGAGGGGGGGGCGUGGUGGUGGCUCCCACCCCCCCUCAUCAAGCACCAACCCCCGGGGGGGGCCCGGCGGGGACCCCCCAGCCCAAGUACAAGAAGGGGGACGUGGUCUGCACCCCCAACGGGAUCCGCAAGAAGUUCAACGGGAAGCAGUGGCGGCGGCUCUGCUCCCGCGACGGCUGCACCAAGGAGUCCCAGCGCCGCGGCUUCUGCUCCCGACACCUCUCCAUGAGAACCAAGGAGCUCGAGGGGCUCCCCGAGGGCCGCCCGGGACCGCCCCCCCCCCCCGGGGGGGGGGGGCCCGCGGGGGGCCCCCCCCCCCCGCCGGGGGGGGGGCAGCGAGGGGGCAGCGCCGACUUCGAGUGGGACGAGACGUCGCGGGAGAGCGACGGCGACGGCGGGAGGGGGCCCGGGCCUCGCCUGGGGGGUCCCCACGGGGGUCCCCCCAACCCCAACCCGGACCUGUCGCGCUUCGAGUUCGACGAGUGCGAGGCCGCCGUGAUGCUGGUGUCGCUGGGCAGCUCCCGCUCGGGCACCCCCAGCUUCUCGCCCGCC